AUGGCCGGGAAAACAGCUACGCGUAAGACAACUGCUUGUCGACCGGAGUCGACAAGACUUACGUUGGAAGUAAAACGGGCAUUGGCAGCUUUGGUAGAAAAGUUUCCAGAAGUUUGGGAUUUGACCCACGUCAAUUACAAAAAUCGAGACGCCCGAGAAGCAUCCUGGACGAAGAUUGCGGCAGAAAUGAACCUAUCAGCUGAACGUUGCAAAGCCGCCUGGGCUUCCCUUCAGGACGCUCUGCGAUAUCAACGAACAGGAAAAAAGGGCCCAUCUGGCAAGGGCACUGAGGAGGACCCCUCUCAAACGGAAUUUAAUUUUGAUGAAAUCAAAUUACUAGAAGGGUGGAACUUGUGGGAAUCCAUGAAAUUUUAUGUGCUGUCCAAACCAAGCCGGACGUAA